CAUAAACAUUAGUUACAUUCAGCGGAAAGAGCAAUUUAGGGAACACUUAAUGAUUAUGGUUCCUGAUUGGUAAAUACUCUUGAGUCUAUAAAGAAUCUAAAAGAAUGCUCCAAUCACAGACAAUAAGUAUUAAGCGAACGAUGUCUACCAAUUCGACAGUUGUCGGAUAGCGUGUAUGAAAUAGUACUCUUCAAGCAGGGGCCUUAUUCCGUAACCACUUACUGACCAUUGUCGGAUCGGUAGACGUCGUUGCGCAGCUUUUUUAUACCAUAGAAAAGCUGCGCAACCACGACUACCGAUCCGACAAUUGUCGAUGAGUGGUUAUGGAAUAGGGCCCCAGAGAGAGUGAGAGAGAGAGAGAGAGAGAGCGCCUUCAACGACAUCUACUUUCAUUUGAGAUCCAAUAGAUUACAAAUCUUUAGGUGAUUUUGUAAAUACUGUGUUUUUUAUAUUAUAAUUUACUCAAACACGAAGACGUUGAACGAUGGCUGUUUCUACGGAUGUUGCUACGAUUAGAGCGCAAAGAUACCUAAAUGCACCACUAGUAGAACGAUGCAGAGAUUUAGCUGUACUGAUAGAUGAGUCGAGUACCACUGAGCUACAACUUGUUUUUCCUCUGCUGAUUGAUUCUUUAUUUGGAAUAACAGAUAAUAUCGGAUGGGGUCUACGUAAUGUUACACUCCAGAAGAAUUCACAGGAAUAUGAAGCUUUGUGUAACUUUCUUGGACCUCAAGGGCCAAUGUUUUCCUUGUGUUAUAAACUACUUCCAGACUGUUACCUGAAAUAUAAUUUUCCAGUGUCAUAUCUUCCAUCAAAGAUACGUUCCUUGUUAGAAGAAGCUGUAAUAUCACCAUUUUAUCUUGAUAAGAUCAAAGAUGAUCAAGGAACACGUGUUCCAUCAGUGUUAUCUAUGAAUCCCUUUGAGUAUUAUAUUUUUCAUUUCGCAUAUCAUUUGACCAAUCCUUGGUUGCAACUCCAGCAACGAGAGAAUGUAUGGGUAAACUGGGAGACUGUAUAUGUUCAAUUAGCACAUUGCUAUUUAUAUCAUUUUCUCCCAAGAGAUAAUUCUGCAGUUCUACCAGUGAUUGGACCAUAUGUUAAGAAAACUCCUCCAAGAAAAUUGACUCAGUCACCAGAAUACAAAAGAGAUUGUCAUAGAUUGCAAACUCCGAGACUUUUGAGAACAUCCAUAUUGUCGCCAGGAUCAAUGAGUCCUGGAUCGGGAGUGUCGCAACAGCAAUGCUUACCUCAAGUAUGGAGAAGUGAAACUGUGGUACAGGUUUUUCUAGAUUUCUGGCUGGAAUACACUGAAGAUGAACAGCUGACUCCUACAUUAACUACGGCCUUUUUGGCUUCAAUACCACGACGACAUAGCGUACAUUCUGGGGAACAUAUACGUCUAGUGAGAGCGUUCAUAAAAACACUGCAUGAAUUUACAAAUAGCGCUACGGGAGACAAGAGCGCAAUGGAUGAAUUAAAAAGAAUAAUUCUUCCUUCAGUUCAAGGAAAAAUAUAUACAUUUUUACGAAAAGCUAUAUAUCAUUGGCCAUUAGACAGCUCGUUUAGAUUAAUACUGGAAGCUUGGUUGAGUUUCGUUCAACCAUGGAGAUAUGUCCCGGGAAUAACGUAUACUAAAGAAGGUAAAGCGGAAGAAGAAGAAAGGGGCAAAAUUCACGAUAUCGAUAGGUGGAUUGCUUUCGUUGCUAAUAACCUGCUGGCAUAUACGGCUAUAUUUCAGCAAUUACUCCCACGUUUUAUGAGGACUGAUCUAGUAGCGCCUAAAAAUGCUUUAAUGUUAUUCAGAGUCACGAAAGUGUUCUCACAGCCGCAUUUAGCAAAGAUGAUAUCUGAGGUAGAGAGCUGUAUGGACGACGUAGGCUUAAGCAGAGGUCGAUUAUCUACCAAUCAAUGGACCUCAAUUGUCAGACAACAAGUUAUGGAAUUGGAAGGUCCUACAUAUCAAUACGUUCCUAUGUUUUCAUCGGCCAUCACAUCGCAGAUUGUAUGGUUUUUGAGUACUAUUAAGCAAGCGCACUUGACGGCGACCAGUUUAGUCGAGGCUCUAGAAAACAGAAGGAAAGGAAGACGUUUCUUGUUGUCUUUAUGGGAGUUUUUUUACUGCGACGAUUAUUCCUCAGAUGACAUCGGUAUAGAAGAACGACGACGUGUUCCUGUGCUUCUGGCUAAUGCCCAACAGCAGCUAAUAGACAUAUUUCAAAUCAAACUCGAAGAUAUUCCGCAAGUCGCUAUAGUAGCGGAUCAAGAAUAUCACGACAGUAUCUUGUCGACCUCCUUUUGUCAUCAGUCACAAACGGAAUCCAGUCUUGAUUCAAGUAGACCGGGUGUUUUUGUACCACUGCAAGAGGGUAGGCAAACAUGCCGAUACAUCGAGUAUAUGGGUGAUCCAGAGUUGCAGCCGAUACGGACGUACGAAUGUGGUUUCCUCGUUAGAAAUUUCUACAAGUUGUGCUGCUUUAUCAAUUUCAAGUAUCGACAUGAGAUAAUCACGCUAUACAACAGACAGAGCUUCUUCGGCACUAUUUGUCGACAACUAAUCACACCGCCUACUACAGUCGUCAAGUUACCGAAACGAACGCCGAAUGGAUUCACCAGCGGCUGUGAGGAACGGCUGCCGCCCCGGUUAAGUUUACGAUCUCUGGCCAAUUAUACCUUCCUCACGAGUGUGUCUAUCGGCAUAUUCGUAACAUGGAUUUUCAAUUAUAGUCCCCUCGCAUUUCUGGGAUUCGCAUUCUGGGUAUGGUUUAUGUAUAUAAUCAUGCGUGCGAUCUUGCAACAUUAUUUCCUAUCAACCACAAGCACUUUCAGAUCUAACGCAAAUACAUUUCUCAUUAACCGAUAAUAUUUUCGGUUGCUGACACUAAUGACUAAACUAUCUUCUAGUUUUAUAAACUAUAAUUGUGACUGUUGCACUACAAGAAAAUGUUUCUACGUGAUUUAUUUAUAAUAAUGUAAUGCAGAACCAAACAUACGCAUUUGUUAAAAAUAAACGCGAGAA